GGGCGAAAUUAACUGUUGUGCUUGGAGUAUUACAUUACAUUUUACAUUAUAUCACGUUACAGUACAUUAUUUACAUGGGACAGUAUGAUGCAGGCUGGGAAAACUAAAGAGGCGACGAGAGAGGGCUAGAAGCUAUGGAAUGGUUUAACCCAUGUACAGUAUAAUUACAAUUAAUAUAAAUCAAUAUGACGACAUAUACUUUCAUCCCCACAAGUGAACCAUUGGUCAUUACUUCUGUCAUAAUGAACAACAGUAUUGUCUCCGAAUUGAUUGAUUUGAUAUAAGAUACUAAAUAAGACUUAAUAGGCACCCAAAAGUCGGCAGUCGAAGGAGGUGGCAGUAUUUACAUUUUUAUUCAUACUGCAAGGAAGUGUUCAGACCAACUUGUUAAUCAUCUGGACGUCAACCUUCAGACUCAUUAGCACAGAAGGUAGUGACACAUUAACCUCCACACCUAGGGGAGGCUAAAAGAUGUUGGAGAAGCUCCCUAGUGGAGUUCUGUAAAGGUGUAAAUACAGUCGGGCCGAGCUGAAGACAUUACACUCGAAUGGCAAAGCAAGAACUAUCAUGGGAGGACGGUUGCAAAUCACACCUAAAAAUCAUCCUCCUCGGCGGGCGAAACUCGGGGAAAAGCGUUGUGGGCAACCUCCUGCUCGGCAAGGAGGAGUUUGUGACUAGGGAGCGGACCACCUGCUCCAAGAGGCAAGGGGUGAUGGCGGGGCGCUGGAUCUCCGUGGUGGACACACCUGGAUGGUGGUGUGACCUGGGAACACGAGAGACGGCAGAACUAGUAAAGAGAGAGAUCGCCAGCAGUGCACUUUUGUGUUUCGCGGGACCACAUGUGUUCCUGAUUGUCGUCAAGGCGUGUUCGGACUUCUCCGAACAGCGUCGGAGGGCUCUGGAGCAACACGUUGCCCUCCUCGGCGAGGCAGUGUGGCGGCACUGUAUCGUUCUCCUCACUUGCGUGGAUAGGGGAGAGCAUGGAGCGGACGAGAAGAAGGACAACAGCGGCCUCCAGUGGCUGGUUAAGAAGUGCGGCCAGAGGCGCCAUCGUCUCACGCUGCCUGGCGACACGGUAGGCGGCCAGGUCACACAGCUGUGUGUCAAAAUACUGAAACUGGCCACCGAGAAUGCGGAUAGACCUUUUGAAAUAGAACCCAGCUGUUUACGUAGGAUCAACCAGAGCAUAAAGAUGGUGGAGGAGAGAGCUCUGCAGAGGUUCCUCAGGACGAGGGAGCAAAGAGCUCAAAUUCAAGAAGGUGUGCGCCCCCUCUCUGACCUCAGACUGGUGGUGCUGGGAGCCACUGGUUCUGGUAAGACCUCCGCGGUCCACGCCCUCCUAGGCCUUAGCGACGCCCAGCGGGAGGGCGCCGGGAGAACGGCGCGGUGCCGGGUCCACCGCAGCGCCGGCGUCCUCGACCGGGACAUGACCGUGGUGGACACGCCCGGCUGGUGGAGGAACUACUACGCCCUGGAGACCUCCGCCUUCGACCGGCGCGAGCUGUCCCGUAGCGUGCGUCUGUGCCCCCCCGGGCCCCACGCGCUCCUCCUGGUCGUCCGCGUGGACCGCGCCUUCACCGAGACCCACCGGAGGGCCGCGCAGGAGCACGUGGAGCUGCUGCUGGGGCCCGCGGCCUGGGGCCACGCCCUCCUGGUGUUCAGCUUCGGCGAUUGGCUGGGGGACACGAGCGUGGAGCGCUUCGUGGAGAGCGAGGGCGAGCCGCUGCGGUGGCUCGUGGACCGCUGCGGCGACAGGUACCACGUGAUGAACAACAAACGCACGGGAGACGCCGGCUUCCAGGUGGCCGAGCUGGUGGGCAAGGUGGAGGCGAUGGUGGCGGCCAACCAGGGCUGUGGCUACCUCCAAGCCGGAGGCGGUGUGACGGACGAACCCCUCCUCUCGGAGGAGGAGGAGGAGGAGGAGGAGAGGAGGAGGAGGAGGAGGGCGGAGCAGGAGGCAGCCGACCAGAGGCUCCUCCUGAAGAACGAGCAGAGGCAGGCGCUGAGGUCUGAGCUGGAGAAGCUCCCCCCUACCUCAGACUUGAGACUGGUACUGUUGGGCGGCAGAAACACGGGCAGGACCUCCUGCGGAGACACCAUCCUGGGCCGAGGGGGUUUCCACGCCGACGACCGGGCCGCCGCGGGCGCCGAGCGACACGCCCGCGUGAGAGGCGUGGCUGUGACGGUGGUGGAGCCGCCUCCCCCGCCGCCGUCCUCACGUGGCCGCGAGCGAGAGGUCCCACGCGGCCUGAGUGCCCUCCUGCUGGUGGUGAACGCCAGCUCCUCCUUCACCUCCUCUCUCCUGGAGGCCCUGGAAGAGCAGGUGAUGGGAGGUGCGGAGGAGAAGCAGGAGGAGGAGGAGGAGGAGGAGGAGGAGGAGGAGGAGGAGGAGGAGGAGGAGCAGAUGUUGGGAGGAGCCGAGGAGGUGGAGGACAAGGACGAGGAGAUGGUGGGAGGAGCAGAGAAGAAGGAGGGGGAGGAGGAGGAGAAGCAGAUGUUGGGUGGAGCGAAGUUGGCGGAGGAGGAGAAGAAGAAGAAGAAGAAGAAGGAGAAGAAGGAGGAGGAGAAGCAGAUGUUGGGAGGAGCAGAGGACGAGGAGGAGAAUGAGGAAGAGAAGGAGGAGGACAAGGAGAUGCGAUGGAGCAGAGCCAUGGUGCUGUUCAGCCACGGCGACUGGCUGGGGGACACGAGCAUCGAGGAGCGGAUCGAGAGCGAGGGCGAGGCCCUGAGGAGCCUGGUGCAGCGGUGUGGGAACCGCUACCACGUCCUGGACAACCGGCACCGGGGAGACGGGGCCCAGGUCCACCGGCUCCUGGAGCAGGUGGAGGAGAUGCUGCUGGGGGCCAGGCGAGCUCUGCUCCAGAGAGGGGGGGAUUCAAUCAGAAACACUGUGACUCCGGCAGUAAGACACCGACAACAGGGGAUAGCGGUGGGUCAACGUCACAGGAAGAUCCGAGAUUUGGGGUUACCCUGCACCAAUAACUCAUCACCCCUGGACUGUCCAGCGGAGACCAGCAUGAGUUGUCGUGUGGUCGCACGACCAGAACAGACCAGAUUGGCUCUCAGCAUCUACAUCGACAUGAACGGCCUGGCCUCGCGUACGGCCUGCCCUGACCUCAGAGACGACAAGGUGCUGAGAUGGACCUUGAGGGACAUAUUGGCCGCGAUGGGGAUUCUGCCAAACUGGUCUCGGACCAGUUCUCCACACGACCGCGUGGAGUUACGGAGUGAAGGGCGUGUCUGCGUGUCCCCCCUGAGACGCAGGGGGGCUGAGCCGGCCUCCCCCUCCCACCACCAGAGGGCGCUGACGACAGCGGCGGCGACCGAGGAGGACGCCGUCGCGGCGCGGUCGCCGUGGCAACCCAGAGACGACGCCCUGAGGAAGCUCUUCGCGACGGGAGACCUGCAGGCCCUGAUCGACCAAUGGGGCAGCAGCAGCCUGGAGGAGCUGGAGGCCUUCGUCGACGCCCACUUCGAGAUGGUGUGGGAGCGGGCCAUGAGCUCGGCGUCGGAGGAUGAUGAUGUCACGGAGAGGGGCGGGGCCACGGGGGAGGAGGGGCUGUCCAAGCUGCACCUGCUGGAGGACAUCCAGAGGGACGUGACGGAGAUGAAGCAGAGCCUGGACAAGUGCUGGAAGGUCAUGCUGGAGCUCCUGGAGGCCCACAGAGGAGGCCAGCGCCCUGCAGAGGAGGACUCACAACGGGCAACACGUGACUGACGCUGUGUGUAUGUCUCUUUAAGAAAAAUCCAUUCGCGGAACGACUUUCACUUCGACUCGAUUUGUCCACCAGGGGGGGGUGUUGUAUUAGAGAUGUUUGACAGUGGGAUAGCGGAUUUUGUGUUCAGUCUUCAGUUCUUCUUUUCAGGGAAGCUGACUCUGCUGAUGUAUUCUAAGUAAUCCAUUAUGGCACCCAUUCCACUCCUCCCCCUCCCUAGAAGAGGGACCCCCCACUUUGCGACCCCUCUCAACAUUAAUUAAGUUAAUAUUCUUUCUUGUCCUUUUGGGGGGCUUGGCUUAGGGGGUGUUACAUACAUUUAGCCUGUAUAAAGGGUAAUCAGGGCUGGUUUAGGGCAAAUUGAAAGAGCAAUAUAUCACAUUUGAGUACAUGCAACUUAAUAACUGCAACAUUGUCUUACAAAGGAACGAAAGAUUGUAGCACAUCAAAUCACAAAGAAGAUCAGACGUUAUGUAAAUGAACAUCUUCUUGUGUGUGUGUGUGUGUGCAGGUGUGCACAUUUGUGUGCACGUGUGCGUGUGCAUGUGUAUUUCCAGGGCGUCAGCAGAACGACCCUGCUGAGAGAGUGACGCUGUUGGGUUGAAACCCUUAUUUUUUCAGCGGUGUGCUAUUUUUCACUUAGGCAAAUUGGCUGAGGCGGGUCUAGAGAGACCGUAACAGUGAACGCCACAACCCGUUGACACGGACGUCACGACAGACACCGACAGAGUCCUCCUUGGUCAAGGGCGACGGAAACCGUAUUACGCCGAAGAUACAUCCCCUUUGGAUAAAAGCCUUCACGAGGAAACAACAAUUUAGAUACCUGCUUGUCUUUGUCCCUCGAAUAAAGAGCAGGAAAUACGUUGUGGUCGCAAUAAAGCCCGUUUGUAAACCU